AUGUUUCAGCCUUGCAGUGAAUCAAGAGCACUUGGAGUUGGUAGUCGCCGUUUGGUCGUUUGUGGGCUGCUGAGUGCUGGUUUUUUUGAUUUUGUCCUUGUUUUUUUACCUGAGCGCGAAUUCGUCUUACAGAGGUUAAACUAGAAAAUACAAGCAAAAAUAGUCAACAGCCAUUCUUCUGCUUAUCGUGCGCUGGUUCGAGAGCUUGUGCACUCGUAACUCGUUUCAGACGAGUUCCAAUGGCAAUUAGGGUUUUCUUGUUGGCUCUUCUCCUCAUCUCAUCUCUUUUCCUCCAAGUUGUUAAGUGUCAAUCUGAGUCGGAAGUUGAAGUGACCGAAGUUGUUGGAGGAGGUGAUCUCGGAAUUGUUGGUGAUGAUGUCCAGGAUUAUGGUGAUGGGAGUUUUAGUCCAGCUCCAGGAGUCGAAACUGUCUACGUUUUCCCAAAAAAUGCAGCACGCUUGGUGCCAGCAGGGGAAGAGGCUGAAAUACUAGUUGGAGUAAAUAAUGAAGGGGAAUCAUAUUUGAAUGUUGUUGCUAUUAAGGCUAGCAUCCACCUUCCUUUCGAUCAUCGUCUGCUGGUCCAAAACCUUACUGCACAGGUCUUUAACAAUGCAACUGUUCCAACUUCUGUUCAGGCCACUUUUCCAUAUAUAUUUUCUGUUUCCAAGUACUUGCAGCCUGGAUCAUUUGAUCUUGUGGGUACAAUCAUUUAUGAGAUAGAUCAGCAACCAUUUCAGAGCACUUUCUACAAUGGUACCAUUGAAGUUGUUGAGGCUAGUGGCUUUCUCAGUGUUGAGUCUGUUUUUCUUGUUACCCUUGGCCUUGCUCUUCUUGGCCUUUUUGGGUUGUGGAUAUAUGGUCAAAUAAAGCAGCUUUCCAAGAAAACUAAAAGGAUGCCAAAAGUUGAAGUGGGGACUGGAACAACUGAUGCUUCAAUGGAUGAAUGGUUGGAGGGAACUGCAUAUGCUCAAUCACUGUCCAAGUCAAAGAAGAAGAAGUAGAAGCCAUCUUAGACUGCAUUUAACUCAAGCAGAGGACUAUGGGAAAGCACAGUUUCUCAUUUCAGACUAUGUAAGGUGGCUUAUAAGAGGGCUCAAAGGUUGAAUGGUUUCUCAGAGAACAGAAAGUGCCAACCUAGCAUUUGUAACAUGUGAAGAAGUUUCUAUGUUUUCCUGUGGUCAAUACUGUUGAGUUGAACUCCUGACACAAAACUACAGGGAAGGUUUUAGUCAAAAUGUAGGAAAAACAAUUUUGGUCAACCCCGUAAGGUUAGUUUUUGUUCCAUUUUUGGAUGAAUGUGAUCUGUUUCAGUGUUUCUAUUUGAUGAUGCUUGAGGUACUCCGUUCAUUUAUUUCUUGGAAAUAAUGGAGAAUAUGUUUGUGGGUUCGAAGUGGAAGUAAUGAUUUCUUUUUUUUGUUCA